UAUUGACUUUCUAGUUUCCAUAAACCCUACUCCUCGGUUCUUACUCUCAGAUCUCACUCAUUCCGUGUCACGGACUCAGUGUUCAAAAUGCCGAGUCGAUUCGUUCUUCUUCUCUCGCUCACCGCUCUCCUCCUCUUCUCCUCGCUCACCCUAACGCUCUCCAAAGACGUCGAAGAUGACGACGAAGACCUCAGCUUCCUCGAAGAACCCGACGACAACUCCCACCACCACCUCCAAUCAGAUCCGGGUCAUCCUGAAGAUGAUUUCGUCGAUGAUGACGAUCUCGAGGACUACACCGAUCUCGACGAGUCGGCGUACAAGGACGAGUACAAGGAGCCGGAAGUGGACGACAAAGACGUCGUCGUUCUGAAGGAAGGGAAUUUCAGCGAGUUCGUGGAGAAGAAUCAGUUCGUGAUGGUGGAGUUCUAUGCGCCGUGGUGUGGGCACUGCCAGGCGCUAGCGCCGGAGUACGCGGCUGCGGCGACGGAGCUCAAGGGCGAGAACGUUGCAUUGGCGAAGGUGGACGCGACGGAGGAGAGCGAUUUGUCUCAACAGUACGAGGUUCAGGGGUUUCCGACUGUGUAUUUCUUCGUCGACGGGGUUCACAAGCCUUAUACGGGGCAGAGGAACAAAGAUGCUAUAGUGACCUGGAUUAAGAAGAAGAUAGGACCUGGUGUUGUCAACAUAACCACAUUGGAUGAUGCUGAACGCAUAUUGACUUCCGAAAAUAAAAUUGUUUUGGGCUACCUCAGCUCUUUGGUGGGUCCUGAGAGUGAGGAGCUUGCAUCUGCUUCAAAGCUUGAAGAUGAUGUCAAUUUUUACCAAACUGUCAAUCCUGACGUGGCAAAAAUUUUCCAUGUUGACCCUGAAGCCAAACGCCCUGCUUUGGUCCUGCUUAAGAAGGAAGCUGAGAAAUUGAGCUACUUUGAUAGUCAAUUUGUGAAGUCUAAAAUAGCUGAGUUUGUAUUCGCCAACAAGCUUCCUUUGGUUACAACUUUUACUAGGGAAAGUGCCCCUUUGAUUUUUGAAAGUCCCAUUAAGAAACAGCUGAUGCUAUUUGCCGCUUCAAAUGAUACAGAGAAGGUUGUCCCAGUAUUUCUCGAGGCAUCAAAAUCUUUCAAAGGAAAGCUUAUCUUCGUGCAUGUGGAAAUGGAUAAUGAAGAUGUUGGAAGGCCUGUUUCAGAUUAUUUUGGUGUCAGUGGCAAUGAUCCCAAAGUUAUUGCGUACACAGGAAACGACGAUGCCAAGAAAUUUGUACUUGAUCGGGAACUGACCUUGGAGAACAUUAAGGCUUUUGGGGAAGACUUCCUGGAAGACAAGUUAAAACCAUUCUUCAAGUCAGAUCCAAUUCCUGAGACUAAUGAUGGGGAUGUAAAGAUAGUGGUUGGGAAUAACUUCGAUGAAAUUGUUUUGGACGAGUCAAAGGAUGUUCUCCUUGAGAUUUAUGCUCCUUGGUGUGGGCAUUGCCAAGCCCUGGAGCCAACAUACAACAAACUUGCCAAACAUCUACGAAGCAUUGAGUCUCUCGUUAUAGCAAAGAUGGAUGGAACAACAAAUGAGCAUCCUAGGGCUAAGUCUGACGGCUUCCCCACGCUUCUCUUCUUCCCAGCAGGAAACAAGAGCUUUGAUCCAAUCACGGUAGACACCGAUCGUACAGUGGUGGCGUUUUAUAAAUUCCUCAAGAAAAAUGCAUCAAUCCCUUUCAAGCUCCAGAAACCAACUCCAGCACCAAAAUCUGAGAGUUCUGAUGCGAAAGAGAGCCAUGAGAGCAGCACCAGUGAUUUGAAGGACGAGCUAUGAGGAUUUUAAUCGCAUGACAACUGAUAAAAGUAUCUUUUAUCUGCCAUCAGCGAGGUAGAAAAGAAAUAGUUUUAAGACGAGGAUAGAGUAAGUCCCUACCCCCAAUCCCCCAAAGAAAAAAGAAAAAGAGAAAACACAAGGGUAUUAAGUUUAAAUUUUGCAUUUGGAACAUUCUACGGAAAAGUUUAAUAAAAAGCCCCUACCUUUAAUUUUCGGGACUACUUUGUUCA